CUCGCGAGGCCGGCCUGUGGGGCGGCCGCCACGGGGACGGGGCGGGGCGGCCGGGCCGCGGGAAGGGUGCGGGGCCCGCCCCGCCUCGGCCGGGGUGGAUGAAGUGAGGGUCUUGGACCGGGUGGCUCUGAGGGGCCCUCCUAGGCUUGACAGGCUGCGCUCAAGGCCGGGCGGCUGUCGACACAAAUCGGGCGCAGAGCUUCUUCCCCGGGAGGCAGGUGUUGGGUGUCUUUGGCGUCUCCGUAGGAAACCAGAGAAGAGCUGUGACUGCUCCCCUCAGGGAGGCCUCAGGGCCUGCCCUGGAAACGAGGAUGGCUGCCAGUGUUUGGGGGCUAACCUCGUCCUUGCUCUCCACGGGGUAUACCGGAGAUAGCGCUUGCCUUCGAGAAUCGCCCCUCCGUGGGUUCUCCCCCGCACUCUUUGUUCAGUGGCCUAGGCUUUCUGAGAAAGGAGCACUUGGUAUAGAGAGGAGUAACCCACUUUCCCGGGACUACAAAGCUGGGAGUUAAGCGCAGAGUUUAAACGUUGGGUUCGGAGGCUUUUUUGACUAGGUGAAUAGUUGUCACACCGAGAACCGCCUGUGGUCCUAGGGAAAGACCUUUGUGAUCCAGACUUGAGGCUUAUUUACGUUUGGCCUGUUUCCAUGCAAACUGUAAAGCGCUUUGGGUUAGCUGCCCUCAUCCAGAGUAAACACUGAGCUGAGCAAUGCCCUUCCUUGGGCACUCUUCACACAGUCUGUACUUGGCCCAGCUUCUCUUGAAAUGUUCCCUCCUUCACGUCAUUUAGAUAAAUCAGAUAGAUGUUUUUUGCUUAAUGCAUUAAACAACUACCGUAAUCAGUCAUAACCACAUUACAGGGAAAUUGGAUGUAAUUAGGACCUGUCAAAUGUGCUUAAGUCCAGGUUCCGCCAUACUGAUGCUAAGCAGCUUCCUUGGUCUUCCCACACUUGAGUAUUCUACGUAUAACAUGAAAGCUGCGAAAUAGAUCAUCUUUUAGGCUUCCCCCUCUUUCAGAUGUCUGUGAUUCUGUGAAUUUCAUGACCUCCCCCCCCCUUCCCCACUCUUUUACUUUUCAAACCCAUUCUUUACCUCCAGAGGAAUGGGCAUUGAGAGUAGAAGAUGGGAGUCUCUUUCCCUAAAACACCCUGGUUGGGAAACGAUGGUAGUUCCUGACUUGGUUUUCUUCCCUGGACAAGAAAAAUUCCCUCUGAACUACCUUUUUCUCCUUGUGAUAACAGCAGAAACCGAGCAGCAACAGCCCUUGGAGAGAGACUAAGUUUUUCUUGACUUCUACGGUGACAGAGACCUUGAGAAAGUUGGUACUUCUGGCCUACGCUGCCAACAUCCUACCACCCAGCCCAAGACAGCCCACGCUGGACAUUAGUGCCUCCCUCUUUAUUCCUCUGUGAUCAUCCAGAUCAGCACCUGACUGUUUAUUUUCAAAUCUCACAAACCCAGUUCAGUCCUCAGAUCUUCGUAAUUUUGGUUCUCAGCUGCUCUUGAAGGACAGUGACUUGUUAUCACCACAACAGCAGAGCCUGCCAUCCCCAGCAGAUCUACAGUCAGCCCCUGACAUCACCCCCUCCCUGGUCUCCCUCUGUGGCCUCCUAAAUGCCCAUCCCAUUGGCCUGGGUUCAGCUGGUGGUAUGGAGGGGUGCUGCCUAGCACUGACCUGGGAUUGUGUGUGACCCACUGACCCAAUGGACAUCAAAGGCCAGUUCUGGAAUGAUGAUGAUUCGGAGGGAGAUAAUGAAUCAGAGGAAUUUCUCUAUGGAGUUCAGGGGAGCUGUGCGGCUGACCUAUAUCGACACCCACAGCUUGAUGCAGACAUUGAAGCCGUGAAGGAGAUCUACAGUGAGAACUCUGUAUCCAUCAGAGAAUAUGGAACUAUCGAUGACGUGGACAUUGACCUCCACAUCAACAUCAGCUUCCUCGAUGAGGAAGUCUCUACAGCCUGGAAAGUCCUCCGAACAGAACCUAUUGUGUUGAGGCUGCGAUUUUCUCUUUCCCAGUACCUUGAUGGACCAGAACCGUCAAUUGAGGUUUUCCAGCCAUCAAAUAAGGAAGGGUUUGGGCUGGGUCUUCAGCUGAAAAAGAUCCUGGGUAUGUUCACAUCCCAACAAUGGAAACAUCUCAGCAACGAUUUCUUGAAGACCCAGCAAGAAAAGAGGCACAGUUGGUUCAAGGCAAGUGGUACCAUCAAGAAGUUCCGAGCCGGCCUCAGCAUCUUCUCACCCAUCCCCAAGUCUCCCAGUUUCCCGAUCAUACAGGACUCCAUGCUGAAAGGCAAACUGGGUGUACCCGAGCUUCGAGUUGGGCGCCUCAUGAACCGUUCUAUCUCCUGCACCAUGAAGAACCCCAAAGUGGAGGUGUUUGGCUACCCUCCCAGCCCCCAGGUCAGUGGUCACUGCAAGAAUAUCCCUACUCUGGAAUAUGGAUUUCUUGUCCAGAUCAUGAAGUAUGCAGAACAGAGGAUUCCAACGUUGAAUGAGUACUGCGUGGUGUGUGAUGAGCAGCAUGUCUUCCAGAAUGGGUCCAUGCUCAAGCCAGCCGUCUGUACUCGUGAGCUGUGUGUUUUCUCCUUCUACACAUUGGGAGUCAUGUCCGGAGCUGCAGAGGAGGUUGCUACUGGAGCAGAGGUGGUGGAUCUGCUGGUGGCCAUGUGUAGGGCAGCUUUGGAGUCCCCUAGAAAGAGCAUCAUCUUUGAGCCUUAUCCCUCUGUGGUGGACCCCACUGAUCCCAAGACUCUGGCCUUUAACCCCAAGAAGAAGAAUUAUGAGCGACUUCAAAAAGCUCUGGAUAGUGUGAUGUCCAUCCGGGAGAUGACCCAGGGCUCAUAUCUAGAAAUCAAGAAGCAGAUGGACAAGCUGGAUCCCUUGGCCCAUCCUCUCUUGCAGUGGAUCAUCUCUAGCAACAGGUCACACAUUGUCAAACUACCUCUCAGCAGGCAGCUGAAGUUCAUGCACACCUCACACCAGUUCCUCCUGCUGAGCAGCCCUCCUGCCAAGGAGGCUCGGUUCCGGACCGCCAAGAAGCUCUACGGCAGCACCUUUGCCUUCCAUGGGUCCCACAUUGAAAACUGGCAUUCGAUCCUGCGCAAUGGGCUGGUCAAUGCAUCCUACACCAAACUGCAGCUGCAUGGAGCAGCCUAUGGCAAAGGCAUCUACCUGAGCCCCAUCUCCAGUAUUUCCUUUGGAUACUCAGGAAUGGGAAAAGGACAGCACAGGAUGCCCUCCAAGGAUGAGCUGGUCCAGAGAUAUAACAGGAUGAAUACCAUCCCCCAGACCCGAUCCAUUCAGUCAAGGUUCCUGCAGAGUCGGAAUCUAAACUGUAUAGCACUUUGUGAAGUGAUUACAUCUAAGGACCUCCAGAAGCAUGGGAACAUCUGGGUGUGCCCUGUGUCUGACCAUGUCUGCACACGGUUCUUCUUUGUAUAUGAGGAUGGUCAGGUGGGCGAUGCCAACAUUAAUACUCAGGACCCCAAGAUACAGAAGGAAAUCAUGCGUGUGAUCGGAACUCAGGUUUACACAAACUGAGGGGGCCCCAGCCCUCGUACCACCCCUGUUCCCCCAGGAUCCAUCUGCCCUCAUACAAGGGCUCAGGAGCAGCAUGUGAGGCUGCCCUGAGGAAUCAAGGGGCCAUUACCAAGGGGCAGGAAAAGCAUAGAAGAGGCGGCCUUCAUGGUGGAGACUGACCCAGGAACCACUCCACAUUUGGAUGGCCCAGACUGACUCCCUACUCCUGAUUUUCCCAGUUGACUUCACCCUGUUUGUAAAUAAAACAAUAAAAUGGAAGGUGCUGUGGACUGGAUAUGA